AUGCACUGUCACUUGCCGGUGAAAUGUGGCUUGCCACUUCCCUUCCUGUUAUGUUGCCUGCACUUUCAUACAGCCUGACCCCGCUCACUUUUAUGCAGAAGUAAGCCGGAUUGCGUCUAAGAGGCUUUGCUCUAAGGGAGCCUAUAACAGCAUCCCUGAGAACAAUUAGUCACUUCCUGUUACGAGAGCUUCCCAGCACUUCCUGCAUGUCUCUGUUAUUUAAGGGUGUGUGCCUGCACUUAGUUGCAGGCUCAUAAUAUCUGUUCGGCUUCAUUAGACUGCCGGCGCUGAUCCAACAGGAUGAUUUGGAUACUUCAGAUGUUGUUUUCACCGCUCCCAACUCCUGCUUUGAUUGGUCUUAUUACUUUUGGAACAACGGUCUUCCUAUGGCUGAUAACCAAGCCGAAACCAGUUGCACCACCAGUUGACUUGAACAAGCAGUCUAUUGGCACGGAGGGAGGAGCUAGAAGAAGUGCACUUGUACCUGAAGGCAAGCUUCUUUCCUACUACUAUGAGGAUGCAAAGACUUUAUAUGAAAGCUUCCGUAGAGGACGUUAUGUAUCAGAAAAUGGCCCUUGUUUGGGAUACAGAAAACCAAAGCAACCAUAUCAGUGGCUUUCUUAUCAACAGGUUUUGGAUCGAGCUGAAUACUUAGGAUCUGGUCUGAUACACAAAGGUUGUAAAGCUUCAUCGGAUCAGUUCAUCGGCAUUUUUGCUCAGAACAGGCCAGAGUGGAUCAUAUCUGAGCUUGCCUGCUAUACUUAUUCAAUGGUGGCAGUUCCCCUUUAUGACACGCUGGGCCCAGAAGCAAUUGUGUACAUUAUUAAUAAAGCUGACAUAUCUACAGUGAUCUGUGACAAACCAGAGAAGGCACAGGUGGUACUUGAGAACUGUGAACAAAAGAAAACACCAGGACUGAAGAUAAUUAUUCUGAUAGAUCCUUUUGAAGACAAGCUGAAAGAAACAGGAGCUAAAAUGGGAGUUGAAGUUAUUUCAUUGCGAGAUAUGGAGACACUUGGAAGAAACAACUUGAGCAAACCAUUUCCUCCCAAACCAGAAGAUCUCAGUCUGGUCUGCUUCACAAGUGGAACAACAGGUGAUCCGAAAGGAGUCUUGCUAACACAUGAGGCCAUUGUUGCCAAUGCUGCUGCUUUCAUGAAGAGCAUAGAGAUGACUUCUCCUUGCCUGCCAUCAGAUAUAUCCAUGUCAUAUCUUCCGCUAGCUCACAUGUUUGAGAGAGUAGUGCAGACCGUGAUGUACAGCACUGGAGCAAAAGUGGGGUUCUUCCAAGGAGAUAUCAGACUUCUAACGGAUGAUAUGAAAGUUUUGAAGCCGACAAUUUUUCCAGUAGUGCCGAGGCUACUCAAUAGGAUCUAUGACAAGAUACAAAGUGGUACCGACACAGAGAUCAAGAAGUGCUUGUUAAAAAUCGCUGUGGCUAGGAAGCAUGCUGAAGUGAAACAGGGCAUCCUACGAAAUACCAGCAUCUGGGACAAGCUAGUGUUCAAGAAAAUCCAAGACAUCAUGGGUGGGAAAGUGCGGAUAGUAGUCACCGGAGCUGCUCCAAUAUCUCCAUCUGUUCUAACAUUCCUCAGAGCAGCAUUUGGAUGUCAGAUUUUUGAAGCAUAUGGUCAGACAGAAUGCACAGCUGGCUGUACUUUCUCAUUGCCAGGAGACUGGAGAACGGGUCAUGUUGGACCACCCCUAGCAUGCAACAUCAUAAAACUUGAAGAUGUUCCUGAAAUGAACUACUUUGCAUCAAACAAUGAAGGGGAGGUCUGCAUUAAAGGGCCAAAUGUAUUCAAAGGUUACCUGAAGGAUGACAAAAGAACAGCAGAAGCACUUGAUAACAGUGGGUGGCUUCAUACUGGAGAUAUCGGGAAAUGGUUGCCGACUGGGGCACUGAAGAUCAUCGACAGAAAAAAGAACAUCUUCAAAUUGGCUCAGGGAGAAUACAUAGCACCCGAAAAGAUUGAAAACAUCUACAUCAGAAGUAGUACUGUCGCACAGGUCUUUGUACAUGGAGAUAGCCUACAGUCUUUCCUGGUCGGUGUGGUUGUUCCUGAUCCGGAGACACUUCCAGAGUUUGCAGGGAAACUGGGAAUAAAUGGUUCAUAUGAAGAACUCUGUAAAAAUGCAGCAGUGAAAAAAGCUAUCUUGACGGACAUGGUCAAGUUGGGAAAAGAAGCAGGUCUCAAGUCCUUUGAACAGGUGAAAGACAUCUACCUUCAUCCAGAAAUGUUCACGGUUGAAAACGGACUCUUAACCCCAACACUGAAGGCAAAGAGAACAGAAGUAUCCAAACACUUCAGGAGUCAAAUUGAUGCACUCUACACUUCUAAUAUGUAGGGAUUGGGAAGAAAUAAAGGCUACCUUGGCUAAAUAUGUUUACGAUGGACUAAGAAAGCAUUUCCCAAGGCACUGGAAGAUCCUUUCCUAUUAAAAAAUAAAAUAAACACCCAUGCUUGGCUAAUGUAUCACCAGGUUGCAGUGCACCUUGAAUAAAAAUGGUUAAGGUGUUCAAGUGGAGUAGGUGGUUUGUUUUGCACGUAUUGGGAAGCUGCUUUGCCACUAUACUUCAUCACACAACCCUAAUAGAAAUGAAGAGGCCCGAUGGCUUGAAUAGUUGGAAUGUCUGGCUGUUCAUCCUGAAGUGGACCAGUCUGCCUCCACUUGACCAAAGUUAUGAUUAAAUGCUAAUUUAAUCUGCUCCUUUCUCAGUGGCUGUACACUAAGUAAGGGUAUGUAAUAUAUUGUUAUCUCCUCAGUAUCUUGAUUUGUAUAGUCAUGUUUGUAUAAUAUUUUUUGUGAGGAAAGCUAUGCACUUCAACAUGCUGCGAUGGACACUCAGAUGUUUUAAUAUCAAAUGUACAUAUCCUCUUUCUAUCCAAAUACUGUUGAGGCACAAACUGAUUGUAUUACUGAAAAAAUAUGAAUGUGAAAAAUAAAGAAAUUGCACUUUUGGAAA